GUGCUUGGAGUAACGGAGAGAGAGUUCUUCGACCAGAUGGGUGUCCAUUUUGUUGGUUUCGUCAGUCAGUAUGGCUACGACAGAGUGUUGUCAGUGCUAGGCAGACAUAUGAGAGACUUCCUCAAUGGACUGGACAAUUUACACGAAUAUUUGAAAUUCUCCUACCCACGAAUGAGGGCUCCAUCCUUUAUUUGCGAGAACGAGACUAGACAAGGACUAACCCUGCACUACAGAAGUAAACGGAGAGGGUUUGUCUAUUACACAAUGGGACAGAUCAGAGAAGUUGCCAGACAUUUCUAUCACAAGGAGAUGAGGAUAGAACUAGUGAGAGAAGAGCUGUUAUUUGACACGGUGCAUGUCACUUUUCAAUUGACUUUUGAUAAUAGAGCAUUUACUUUGGCCUCACUGACUAUGACGAGAGAAGAGAAGCAUUUGCCAGUUAGUGCAUCUGUACUUUUCGAGAUAUUUCCAUUCUGCAUAGUUUUCAGUUCAGAUAUGGUUGUGAGAAGUAGAAACUCACUCAUUGUGAUACUACCUGAUCUGGUCGGCAAGAAAAUAACCAACUGGUUUGAUUUGGUUCGUCCAUUGAUUGCUUUCAAAUUUCAAUCGAUUCUGAACAGGACAAACAAUAUAUUCGAGCUAGUAACUGUGGAGCCUGUACUCACCGAAAAACCUUCUGAUAGAAAACGCGAUGUGGUCCUGAUGAGUGAUGAAUCUGAUGGAAAUGUGGAUGAAAAGCAUCUCAGAUUGAAAGGUCAAAUGAUCUACAUGGAUAACUGGCGUAUGAUGAUGUAUCUGGGAACUCCAGUGAUGCCAGACCUCAAUGCUCUUGUCACAACCGGUCUCUACAUAAACGAUCUUUCAAUGCACGACUUCAGUCGGGACCUGAUGCUAGCAGGCACACAGCAAUCGGUAGAAUUGAAACUAGCACUUGAUCAGGAGCAGCAAAAGUCGAAAAAACUGGAAGAAUCCAUGAGAAAACUCGAUGAGGAAAUGAGAAGAACCGACGAACUUUUGUACCAGAUGAUACCGAAACAAGUGGCUGAUAGGUUGAGACUGGGAGAGAAUCCUAUUGAUACAUGUCAGAUGUUUGACAGUGUGUCAAUACUAUUCUCCGACAUAGUGACAUUCACAGAGAUUUGCAGCAGAAUCACUCCAAUGGAAGUGGUGUCAAUGCUGAAUGCAAUGUACUCCAUAUUUGAUACUCUCACUGAGAGAAAUCACGUUUACAAGGUAAUUGUUACAACCAUAAGCCAU